AUGUACAAGCCAGCAGCAUUGAAUGAAAAUGAAGCACUUCGGCUUUUUAAUUUGAAAGCUUUCAAUAGGGAGACAGUGCCAAAAGAGGAUUUCGUUGAGCUCGCUAAACAUAUUGUAGGUUAUGCUGGUGGUCUCCCCUUAGCUCUUGAAGUUUUGGGUUCUUUUCUGUGCGGUAGAGAUGUAACUCAAUGGAAGAGUGCAUUUGAAAGACUUAAAAAAGAUUCUAAUAAAGAAAUUUUGGAUAGACUUCGAAUAAGUUUUGAUGGAUUGGAAGAAAGGGAGAAGAAUAUAUUUCUAGACAUAGCAUGUAUCUUCGAUAGGGAGACUAAAGAUUUUAUAAUGAAAAUAUUGGAUAGUUGUGAGUUUUUUCCAGAUAUUGGAAUUGAUGUUUUUAUUAAGAAAUCUCUUAUAAAAUUUGACAGACACAACCAAUAUAUCCAGAUGCAUGACUUGUUGAAAGAAAUGGGAAGAAAAAUUGUUAAAGAUAAAUCAGUAGAUAAACCUGAAAAACGUUAUAGAUUGUGGGAGGAAAAUGAUAUCUAUCAUGUCCUAACAAAAAUACAGUAAAUUAUUCCAAUAUAUAAA